ACUAGAGCGUAUAUACGUCAGUCGGCCUCCAUCGCGCGCGCGUCAUCGUCGUCGGGUCGUGCAGAGCAGAAACGACGCACAACAGGAGGCGGCGUCAUAAUCCGCAGCUUCUUCGCGGAAACCCGCGUCGACCUGUCUCGGGCGACCGUCGUCGUCGCGAUUACUCGUCAAGACGAGUCUGGCAUCUCCUCCCCGAGGAACGGGACAACUGCGCGGACAAAGAACUACCACUGGUGCAGGUAGACGAGGAAAGAAAGACGGAGAAAGAGAAAGAAAGAGGACAGAAUCAUCGAAUGAUGGACAGUGCGUGCAUGAUUGGUGGCCCUUGAGGGCGCGUCGGGGGUGUGCGUCAGCUGUAGCCGCAGAACGUAGCUAGUAGCCGUCGUCGCUCUCCGUCUGGCAACCCGGUUCCGCGCGCGCUCCGUCUCGCUCUCUUCUACGCUCCAUUCUUCCCCGUUCCCCCUCCGCCGCCCUCGCACGGCGGCGGUGGCGGCAGCGGCAGCAGCAGCUGAGGAAGACCCCGCGCGGGGCGCACAUCGCACAUUCGCCGCGUCGCACUCGCCCUAGAGAGGCUGUCACGCGCGCUAUUAAUAUACCCCUUCGUGGAGCGCAGCAGUUGUCUACGAUCGUCUUACGUGCGCGGGCGAACCAGCGUGCGUUUUGCCAUGCACGGCGAGUAGUCGCGCAGCUGAGGAGAAAGAGAGAGAGAGAGAGAGAGAGUCAGCACCGAGAAAAAGGAGGCGAAACCUGACGUAGGGUUAGGAAGAGGAAGAAGAAGAAGAAGAAGAGGAGAAGGAGGAGGAAACGCUGGACGACCGCCGUCGGCGCCGUCGCCACACACGACGACGACGACGACGACGUCGAGGAGGAAGAGGAGGAGGAGGAGGAGGAGCGACGUGCCCGCGGUCCGGGGAGCAUGGAGCAAUUCUGGACGCGGGAGCGACUCUGGCUGCGAGAGCGAUUCCUGGCGCGUCGACUGAUAAAAAAGAAAGACUUUUUCCUGUGGAAGAUGUGCAGCCGGAUGUAUCGUCGAGUGAUGGAUCUCACGGUCGGUCACGAUAACGAGCAGAAGACCGAGGAGUGCCGGAGCGAGGUGUGCCGGUACUGCCGUGCUAUGGAGAAGACGUUGCUCUGGGAGGACUUUACGUUCUUCAUCAACCUCUACCUGUUCAUCGCGCUCAACGUGACGACCUGGCUCUACGACGUGUUUGAUGUACGGCCAUCGCUGUUACCAUUCAACAUGUAUUUUAUGACGCAAGGAGUGAUUGCUUUCAAAUUCAUGGACGAUCUGGCCCCUGCAGCGGAGCAUCAAAGGGUGUGUAGUUGGCCUCACUGGCUCUGGAAAAAUCUGCUGAAGUUACGGAGCAAGAAACCAGGAUUGCACUGCGCCAUCCUUUGCCUUGUGGCCUUCGGUCUGUGGCUCCUCGGGCGCCACGUCGAUCCAGUGAUACUCUGGAGCAUCAUAAUUGCAGCUCUGAGUCUGCCGUUACCCCUAAAAAUGUCUAAUAAAAUGAGGGACGGCAUGUCAUAUGUAAUAGACUACGUAUCACACAGAGGAUGGACGUCGGACAGCGAAAUCGAGGAUGAAUUUUUACCUGUGGUGACAGAGGCGAAUCUGCAGGUAUUAAACCGCGUGGGAGAGACGGGUGAUCAAUCGCCAACUCCGACGAGCGUGCAUUCGGACACUCAGAACGAUUCCUUUUACGACGAGGAUUUCAUAGAGGGACUCCAGGAGAUAGCGUAUCACGGUGAGGGUAGCACCGACGGUGUCGAGCUAUCGGAGCUGGAGCUUAGCGUCGGUGAAAACGACGCCGAAGAGGACGGCAUAAAAUUUCAGACCGGCCAUUUCGAGAAAAGUUCCUCGUCAUCCUCCGAGGAGGAAGUCUUCGAAGGGAAAAAGAUAAUCGCAGUUAGCAGCGAUGAGAGUAACGGCGACAGCGACUUCGAGAUAAUCGACAAGGAGGAGAUAGCGAAGAUAGAAAUGUGAUGAGCCCGAUCGGCGCAAGAAAGUGAGGGAUUAUCGCGUGCGAUUGAAUUGAAAUGAUGUAAAGUUGAAAAAAAGACCAUCUCUCUGGUCUCGGGGGCACGAAUGAAAUAAAGAAAAAAGAAUUCAAUCGAGCAACGAUAAACGAUAGUGGCUUCGCUUGAAAUACAAUUGUCUCGGUCGAACGUGAUGGUGUAGGUUGAAAUAAUUAAAAUAAUUUAAUUUUUAAGUCACACACUUGUCUCCCGAUCGUAACGUUGUACUCGCGCGCGCGUGCGUACAAAGUAUCGAUCUUGGUCGGAAAGCGCGAAGACGAAAAAAGAAAGCAAGAUUUAUUUAUUUAGACGAAGUCAGUCGAACGCCCGUAAUUCUUUUGUUCUCUACCGUUUCUGAUCUUGCGCUACUCUCUUCCAUUGUAAAGGAAGUAACGAGGAAGAGGAAGGCGGAGAGACUUGAGAAUAAGGGGACUCAACUGUAGAUAUAUUAUAUAUGUGCAAAAUAUGAUACCGCUGGUAUUGUAUUUAAUGUCUUGGAUGAUAAAUAGGCGUAUGUACAUUUGCAAUGUAAUAAAUAUGCACCUGUGUACAAACGUUUCAACCCGAAGAGUCAGUUUUAACCUAAUUGCUAUGAUUGCAACGGCGCCGUUAUGACAGUAAGAAAACGCGAAAGGUACCUAAUACGAUCAGAUAAGAGCUGCACUCCAGGUAGCGCAAACAAACAUUUUAGAUGUGUAAGAAUGUAUUAUAUUGUAACAUGUGUCUGUGAGAUGUGUAUAAAAAAAACAAUGCGCGAGAAGAUAUUGACGAGGCGUAUGUCGAAUCUGACGCGUUUUUGUAGCCCGUUUAUAAUUGGUGUUUGUCGUCUUGCUCUUGUCUACGCAUCUCGUAUAUUUGAAAAUACACGACAGACGAUACAAAAAUA